ACUGGCAGUCACCGUCGCACUAUCCAGUUUCAAAGUUCUAGCUCAUCGCUGCUGCAACGAUGUCGGGUACUGGCCCUCGCGAAAAUGUAUUUGCGACACGGAUGGCAUUGACAAAUACCAAGCUACGCCUGAAGGGAGCCCAGACAGGCCACUCGCUGCUAGCGAAGAAACGAGAUGCCUUGACCACUAGGUUCCGAGCAAUAUUGAAGAAAGUCGAUGAGGCCAAACGGAAGAUGGGUAGAGUAAUGCAGCUGGCGUCAUUCUCGAUGGCCGAGGUUACUUAUGCAACUGGGGAUAUCUCAUAUCUGGUACAAGAGCAAGCGAAACUGGCGACCUUCCGUGUCAAGGCCAAACAGGAAAACGUAUCAGGUGUUGUUCUUCCCGCUUUUGAAGUUGAUCGUGUAUCGGGAUCAGACUUCAAUCUGACUGGUCUUGGCCGUGGUGGGCAGCAGGUGCUUCGAGCGAAAGAAGUCUAUGCCAAAGCUAUAGAAACACUAGUGGAACUCGCUUCAUUGCAGACAGCUUUCACAAUACUGGACGAGGUCAUUCGAGCGACAAACCGCCGCGUGAAUGCUAUCGAAUACGUUGUCAUUCCACGGUUGGACAACACGAUCAAGUAUAUUAUAAGUGAGCUCGACGAGAUGGACCGAGAAGAAUUCUUUAGGUUGAAGAAAGUCCAAGGGAAGAAAAAGAGGGAUGCCGCAUCCAACGCAGAGCAAGCUGCUUUGAAAGUGACAGAAGAGCCGCUAGAAACUUACGACGAUGAACCAGAUGGUAGUGCAGAUUUAUUGAGUAGUAAAGACCAGGAUGUCAUUUUCUGAAGUAAUCACAGAACUUUGUACUUUGCUAAUUCAUAAUAGCAACCGUCAUCAUUUAAUUCAACCUCAUCGUGAACUUGCGAAAGCUUGAUCCGCCUCUGCGACGGAGAGCGGCAAGUUGAUCAUGGUGCAUAUCAUGUGCGUAAACUCGCAUAGAUACAUGGGUAGUUUUGGAUAAUGCAGUGUAGGAAACUAACGAAAUGACGAACUCCAAAGUAUUUAAUCGACCAUCUCGACAUCCUCGCCACCUGCUGGUCUUGGGUUCUUCUUCCUGUCUUUCCUGU